ACUGUAACUAUUGUACUCUUGUUUUUCAGUGAACUAGUCACAAAUUUCCAGUGGCAAGUGUUGGAGCCAUUCUCUAUUGUACCAGAAAGUGGCACUUUAGCUCCAAGAACAUCAUGCAGUAUUAAAGCAACAUUUUGCCCCAAGGCAGCGUUAGUGUAUGAAGCCACUGCUGUGUGCACGUACAGUGCUGGGCAGAAGACUCCCUUUACAAAGCAUGUCAGAAUUGAAGGAAUAGGCAAAUUUCCUCACCUGGUGGCAAGUGUAUUGCAGAAAUCUUCAUUGAUAGAGCCAUCCAGCAAAGAAGAAGUGGUUUUGAACUUUGGUGAAGUGCCAGUUCAAAGCACUGCUAACAGAUGGAUUGAGCUUCAUAAUUUUUCUCCAGUAAAUGCACCCUUCCAAGUGCUACAGCCAUCAUCUGCGUCCAAUAUUGACACAGUAUUCUCAAGUUCACAUUACCAUGGAGUUGUUCCAGCAGAAAGUACGAUAAAACUGAAGGUCUCGUUUACUCCUCAAAAUCCUGGCCAGUAUUCAGUGGAUUAUCUGGAAGUUAUAGCUCUUGGAGCUACUAACUGUUCUGUUGUCAAAUGCACUGGAAUUGGAAAAGGACCUGAAGUUGCACUGGACUGUGACUUCCUUGAUAUGGGAGUUGUAGAGUCUGGUAAAUUUGCGGCGAAAAGUUUCAAGAUUACAAACAAUGCUGAAGUUCCUGCUGCUUUCCAGUUCAUGAUUGACUGUAGUCAGAGUGUCUUCAAGCUGGAAACAACAUGUGGUUUGCUGCCUGGCAAAGGUUCUCAAACUGUCAUUAUACGAUUCUCUCCAACAAAUCCUAUUAAUUACUACAGGAGACUCACUUGUCUUGUCGAAAAUCAGAAUCCAUUGUUUGUUGAUAUGUUUGGGACUUGUCACACAGAACAAGUGAAACCAGCUGUUCUGGAGAAGAAGCAUCUGGAUAGAUAUCAUACUCAUGUCAGACGUGGAUUCUCAAAAAUUUCACCAGAGCAACUUAAUGAAGAUCUAAGAGCAAAGAAACUUCAGCUUGAUGAGGAUGGAGCAUUAAUGGCAUUAGAGAACACUUCAUCAGGAGACCUGCUACCUUCGAUGUCUCAACUCUCACCCAUGGAAGAGUUUUUCUGUCAUGCAUCAGUAGGAGAAACAACUGCAGUUGUCCCACAUGUUAGUUUAGAUAUUCACCAUGUAGACUUUGGAAAGUUGCUGGAUCCUAAUGCAGUAGAACAGAAGACGGUCAACAUUACAAAUCAUACAAAGGGGAAAAUUACAUGCAUGUGGAUGAAAGAUACAAAAGGAAUAUUUUCUGUUUCUCCUGAGGAAUGUGACAUUCUUCCCUUAAAAACUGCUUCAUUUAGAGUGACAUUUAGACCUAAUGCUGGAAAUCAGUUUUUCAGUGCUGACCUGGAAUGCUAUGCAUUUUACAAGAGUAUGAGAGAUUAUCGACUUGUCGAGGACACGACUCUUUGUCCUCCUUGGUGUCUUUCACUCAGUGCUACAGGACAUACAUUUGCACUCGGUACUGAAACAUUUAUUCCUAGAAGUCAGUGGGAUGUCAAGCACUUGGUCUUUCCUGCUGUCACAGUGGAUGGUGUGUCAUAUAGAACCCUGUUGCUAAGCAACACUGGGCAAAAUCCAAUCCAUUUUGCAUUUGACUACCACCCAUUAGGAGAGUUUAUCUGCAGACCAAGGACAGGCCUACUCACUGACAAAUACCAGCUGAUUGUUUUCAAAAUGACUCCCUCUGAGGCAAAGACUUUUAAACAUACUGUCAAGUGCAAGCUUAAUGAUGCUGAUAAAUUUACCCAGGAAAUCAGCCUUGUUGGAUCAGCAGAGAUGCCAUCACUUAAACUUAGUAAUCAGGGAACUGUUUAUUUCAAACCGACCUGUUUGGGAACAGCAUCUCCGAGGUCAUUUGAACUCAAGAACACUUGCAGGAUUCCAUUAAGGUUUUUGUGGAAGAUUCCUGGCCCACAAGUUAAAACUCUGAGUAUUUACCCCUCGGAGGGAGUCAUACUACCUAAUGAAACUCAGUCACACACAUUCCACUUUAGUCCUCAUGAAGAAGACAAAUAUGUCAUCAAGACAAAACUUACUGUCAAAGGAUUGCAAGUAGAUGACCAACAGCUGGCACCAGAAGAAAAGACAUAUUUAGUAAGAGUUAUUGGUGAGGGAUCUGUCGGGGAGAUAGUGUGCACAGAGGAGGCUGUGGAUUUUGGUGAUAUUAUUGUGGGAAGCUCUGCUUCCCGUGAGUUGUUAAUUCACAACAACAGUGACUGCAGUCUACACUACAACUUACUUAUUGACCAGGAGAUAUCAGGACCUUAUGAUGAUGAACAGUCUGCAAGAGAUGUACUGGCUUUGGAAAUAAAUAACCAGAAUGGAAUAAUUCCAGCAAGAACGUCUCAGAAGAUUACAGCAACUGCUUAUCCGUCACGUCGAGUCUGCUACAAGUUCAAACUCAGUUAUGAGCUUUUCUCGAUGUUUGAUGAUGGUAAACCGUUCUUAACAUGCCCCAAGAGACAACUAGUUGAUCUGCAGUGUCAAGGAGUGUAUCCAACUCUUUCUGUAACUGAUGCUCGCUGCCUGGGGAGUGGUAAAGGAUACAGUAAAAUACAAAUAUGGACCCUCUUUUCCCUUGACAGCCUGAAUGAAUGCCUGGAGUCCGAUCCAUCUCCGUCAGAACUCCUUUAUGCUGCAGUCACUCGACACAGCACAAGGCGCCGAGUCCCUGUCAACACAAGAGCCAUAAUGGACUUUAACUUUGGAGCAGCUCCUCUGGGCGAUGACUCAUGUGUGGUUCAUCUGAACCUACAGAACACAGGAUCAGUUCCUGCUGAAUGGGCUUUCUUGUAUCCGAGUGAUCUGCAGCUUGAAUUGGAGUAUUGGACUGAGACAGGAGAGUAUGAUGAAGAUGAACUUCAUGAGAUGCAGGUCAUGGACAAUAAACUAUUCAACAUUGAACCCAGAAGAGGGAAGCUGUUACCAGGAGAGUGUCGCACUGUUACUCUAACUUACAGCCACCUGUUCACUGGUACCAACAGACUUCCAAUCUUGUUCAAGGUCAUGAGAGGAAGAGAAAUCCUGUUGAAUUUCACUGGCGUGACUGUGGACCCAGACAGUUUCUAUGUACACUUUGCCAACACACGGCACCUAUUUGAGCCUGUCCCUGUGGGAGGGACCUCACCACCAGUACAAGUGUAUGAGCUCUACAAUGGAGGAGCCAGAGUUGUUAAGUACGAGCUGGAUAUGGAACCACUGGCACAGGUCCAAGCUCAAAACUAUGGCUGUCGCAUCUUUGAAUGUCUGAAUCCAUCAGGAGAGAUCCCCCCUGAAUGUGCUGCUUUGAUCUACUGGCAAUUUUCUCCACUUGAAGCAAGAACUUACAUGGUAGAUGUUCCAGUCCGUAUCAUUGGCGGGGAGACAGUGCUGGUCACAUUCACUGGAGUAGGAUAUGAUCAGCGUAUCAUGGGAGAUACGCUUCCUGUCAAGGAUGUGGGAAGCACCGCAGUGCCUGAUAAACAGAUAGUGCAGGUGCCUAAACAGGUUAGUGCCUGAACAGGUUAGUGCCUGAACAGGUUAGUGAACAGGUUAGUGUCAGCUUUUUGACAAGUAAGCAUUUAAUCACAAGUCCUUGCACUUAGCAGUGAAAUGUGCUUUACUGCUACC